ACCAAACUGUUGACCUGCUUCUGUCCCUCAACCUUAUCCUUUUUCACUUUCCGACCCAUUAAGACUUGGGCCCAUAAAAGCUACUCAAAAUUGCAGCCACCCUACUACAAUCCCUCUCUCCCCCUUUUUUCUUUACUUCUUAAUUGUGAAAUCGGGAAUCUGUUUAUUUGAUUAGGCUUAUCUUUUGUUGUCUUUUGUCUAUUAUCUCGAAACGUUUAUAAUUUUCUGUGUCUCUUGUUCAUAUACCUCUCUUCAGCCAUGAAUUCAAUUCACGAUGCGAAAGAUUGGCAUAUUUCUCAAGCUCCUUUGCAAAGCCCAUCCGUUGCUGAAACUCCUACCACGCCUCAACCACACAUGCAACAUUACUCGCCCAUGCCAGCCAUGGAUCACGCUUACGGUCACCCCUUCUCUCAGGGACCCAUGCAUCCGCCAGUACAUCAGCAACCGCCAUCUACGGCUAGUUUUCUACCUCCGAGUAAACCGGAUUCGGAUCCAAGAUUGCCUGGUAUGAUGACGCUUUCUCAACCGGGUACUCCGCGUCCUACGCUUUCUCCCACAGAUGGAAACCGAAAAGGGCAUCUUGCCUAUUCUACUUCCUCUUUCCAUGCUGCACCUUAUCCGCACCCAUCGUUGACCAGAAAAAGAGGCAGAAACGAUCCCUUGUUCUCUUCUGAGCUUGGGCCCUUUUUCAGCUCUACUAAACCUACCGAUAAUCUCUUUGCUUUGGAUAGAUCUAGUCUUUUGAAUGUUCGUAUUCACGCUAAAAUGGAUCGCGGCUUCUUUCUAGCUGAUAACGACUGGACAUGUUAUCGUCGCAAUUAUUUCCAAGUCAGUACAGCUUUUUCCAUUCACGGAUUAAACAAUUACUACGGUGAUCAUGAGAGUCAAUGUUUGGUGCAAGUCGAUGGUAUGUUCCACCCUGUUCGUCAAUUCUUGAUCAGCAUUUCCGCGCGUGUUUCCAACAGCGACAAGCGAAUUGAGCUGGUUCAGCAUACGCCCAAACGUGACAAGGGACCCCAAUGCACGCCGACUCCUCGACCAAUUACUCCCGGAGGCAACCUCAGCAUGAGCUCCGUCGGCACGAAUCAAAACAUUGUGACCUUUGAACGCAUUCAGUUCAAGACGGCAACAGCUAACAAUGGCAAGCGUCGUGCCGCUCAGCAAUACUAUGUGUGCUUGGUGGAUUUGUAUGCUGAUUAUGGCGAUAAUAAACAAGUCAAGGUGGCAUCCUGCCAAUCGGCACCUCUGGUGGUUCGCGGUCGUAGUCCCGGUCACUACUCGGAUAACCAAGAUCGCUAUGAUCCUUCCAUGACCAUGGCAAAUGCAGCGCCGGCUUCUCAACCUGCGGAUGAUCGAUUCGCAGCUCAGUUUCCUCGACCGCCCAUGACUCCACCGAAUAUGAUGCCUGGUGGUGAGUACGGCUCGCCCUAUCCCUAUCAAUACAAUUACCCUCAUUUUGCUCCAGUGCAUACACCACUUCAACCAAUGAUGAUGACUAAUGCCCCACCUACGCCCACAGCGGCUGCUCCGCCUCCGCCUCCCCAACACCUUCCUGCUACAUCCACUCCAUAUUCGCAUCCUUCUCACCCUUAUAUGGUUCCAAGCAUGUCCGAUCCUUCGUCCUCUGAAUCAUCCUCGCCGGAUUUGUAUACCAAUGAAUACAACACAACUAUACACACGCCUGACGACUCGAAGCUUGGCCAUCCUCAAUUGCCUCACCCACAGCAUCCGUCUUCAACAGCCUUAAACUUACAUAUGCCAAUGGAUGACUGGACCCGUCAGCAACAGCAGCAGCAACAUCAUCAUCAUCAUCAGGCACAGCCGCCGUCCCACCAUCAGUCGCAACCAGCAGCACGUUAUUCCCAACAUCCUGCUCAAUCGCCGGCUUACGAGCAUCCCGGUUACUUUACGCCCACUUCGACAUCCGUUUCCGGUGCUCCACCCACUACUGCAUAUUCAACUACUUCUCCAGUAACUCCUUACGGUCCACGCAAGUACAACGCGGUGCCAAACAUUGUGAAUCAACCUUCAUCCUAAGACAAGCAGGCCUAUCUAUACAUUAAUUAUAUUUAUUGGUUUUCUUCUGUUUUCUUUUGCUUAUUUUUUAUAUGUAUUUUGUUUCAUCCUACACCAAGUAUUCUUUCCUUUUUGCCAGUCAAAAAAUUCCAGAAAAAGGCAAGUCAGAAACUGGCCUUUUGUAAGCUUCUUUACAGCACACUAUGUUUUUUUAAACCAUUCUAAAACUAUAAAAUGUCGAACUCCAUUCCUUACUUUUUUUUUCCUUUGAUUCACCUACCAGCUGUGUACAAAAACAGAAGGCAAACUAUAAACAUGAUGACACCUUGUCUUACAUAAAU